CCGGCCCUGCCCUCCCCCCGGUCCCGGGAUCGCGCCGUCGCACCCACCAUGAUGGAAGACGACGGGCAGCCCCGGACCCUAUACGUAGGUAACCUCUCCAGAGAUGUGACAGAAGUCCUUAUCCUUCAGUUAUUCAGCCAGAUUGGACCCUGUAAAAGCUGUAAAAUGAUAACAGAGCAACCCGAUAGCAGAAGGGUCAACUCUUCUGUUGGAUUUUCUGUUUUGCAGCAUACAAGCAAUGACCCAUAUUGCUUUGUGGAAUUUUAUGAACACAGAGAUGCAGCUGCUGCAUUAGCUGCUAUGAAUGGGAGAAAAAUUUUGGGAAAGGAGGUCAAAGUAAACUGGGCAACAACACCAAGUAGCCAGAAAAAAGAUACUUCCAAUCACUUCCAUGUGUUUGUUGGGGAUUUGAGUCCAGAAAUUACAACAGAAGAUAUUAAAUCAGCAUUUGCCCCCUUUGGUAAAAUAUCGGAUGCGCGAGUAGUUAAAGACAUGGCAACUGGAAAAUCAAAAGGCUAUGGCUUCGUAUCUUUUUAUAACAAACUGGAUGCAGAAAAUGCGAUUGUACAUAUGGGAGGUCAGUGGUUAGGUGGUCGCCAGAUCAGAACCAACUGGGCCACCCGUAAACCGCCUGCACCUAAAAGCACACAAGAAAAUAACACUAAGCAGUUGAGAUUUGAAGAUGUAGUAAACCAGUCAAGUCCAAAAAAUUGCACAGUAUACUGUGGAGGAAUCGCUUCUGGGUUAACAGAUCAGCUUAUGAGACAGACAUUCUCACCGUUUGGACAAAUUAUGGAGAUCCGAGUAUUUCCCGAGAAGGGCUAUUCAUUUGUCAGAUUUUCAACCCAUGAAAGUGCAGCCCAUGCCAUUGUUUCGGUGAACGGUACCACGAUCGAAGGACAUGUUGUUAAAUGCUAUUGGGGUAAAGAAUCUCCUGAUAUGACUAAAAACUUCCAACAGGUCGACUAUAGUCAGUGGGGCCAGUGGAGCCAAGUUUAUGGGAACCCGCAACAGUAUGGACAGUAUAUGGCAAAUGGGUGGCAAGUACCACCUUAUGGUGUAUACGGCCAGCCGUGGAGUCAGCAAGGAUUUGGAGUAGAUCAACCACCUUCUGCUGCUUGGAUGGGUGGAUUUGGUGCUCAGCCUCCCCAAGGACAGGCUCCUCCCCCCGUGAUCCCUCCUCCAAACCAAGCAGGCUAUGGGAUGGCCAGUUACCAAACUCAGUGAGCUGGGACUUGGAACAAAUCACAACUCAUGAUGGCUUCAGUUUCCUGUGACACCCCGAAGACAUGAAAGUAGACAGCAGAAAAUGGAAAUAUUUAUUUGAAAAAAAUGAAAAUGUUUGGAACCUUUAACACAGCUUUGCUUUGGUGAAGGACAUAUGUCUUCUAGUUCUGCCUUUUUAAGUUUUUGUUCAUGAUGGAUAUGAACAUGAUUUUUCUUUGUGUACAAAAACUAAAAUAAAGUCAAUAAAGACAAUUCUGACUAAAAAUUUUGAUAUAAGAAAUGGGUAAUACAUUUUGAUUCUUAGAUACUAUUCCAUUUUUACCUUGCUGUUCAGUAUUUUAACUCACUGUGUUUUUAAGAGAGCAAAAAAGGGAGGAUCGUGACAAAACUGGGAAUCACAAAUAAGUUCAUCCUGAACCUUGAUACUUCCCAUCCUUACCCCGAGGUGGACCACAUUCGAAGUCAGCAGGAAAAGUGGGAGAUUCAGAAGAAAUGCAUGAUUUUGGAGUCGCUUUGAAGGAAAGUUUUCCCUGUGCCUAAAGAAACUGAAGCCAGACUGAUAAAGAAACAUUGCCACCUAAAUAAGGAACAGCCCUGAGUUACUUGAGUGAAUGUCCGGUGGGCCACAGCAGACAUAUUUUUUAAAUUAAAAAGUGGGUUAUUAAAACUGUAGUAAAUUAUAUUUCAUUUUUGGGUAAGAUCCCAAGUAUGGUAUUUGUAUAAAAAUCAGACAGUCCUACUUUUACAUGAAGUUUAAAUGAUAUACAUUGUAAAUACGGAAUAAUUAACUACAGUGUUUCAAAAGCAUGCUUCAACAUAGAAGUAGCAGCAGUGGGUUGAUUUGAAAUAGCACUUGAGAACACGCUCCAUUGCAUUUAAUGCAAUGGAUUGGUAAAAAUGUGCACAACUGACUCCAAGGUUGGCUCCUAUGUAAAUUUAAAAUCACACAAAUUCUAUACAGAAAGCCUUAAUUUUAAUUUCAUACAAAUCUUUGAUGCUUUAGUACAUUUCAAAUUGUUGGAAAUUUUAUUUUCUUUUCCUUUUUCCCCUCUUUUUUUUUUUUUUUACCUUAUAUCACUUGGUAUGUAAAUACCUUUAUGAAGACCUUGUAAACCUAUGUCAAGGUUUCAAUAAGUUGUAUAAUACAAGUGUUUUUUAAAAAGAUUCUUGUGUUUUUUAAAAUCAGAUCUAUUUUGCCCAGUAAUUUUUUUUACCAAGAAUACUAAAACAUCUUAUUUAGUGUACCAAGUUUAAAGAAUUGGAUAUUCAGCUUAAAAUGGUACACGGAGUUGUGAUUUUGAUUUCUUUCGCUGAUGGAGUAGUGCCUGAGUGACCAGCCUGGAUAGAGGCUAUAGUGUGUGUGCAGUUUGAAAAUGAAUUGACUGGAGAAGAUAAAGAAGUUUGAAUUUUGUUUCUGGGCUAUUUUUCAGGCUGUGUGGAUAAAAUCUGCCUCAAUUUUAAUAGAUAACACCUGCCUCAAAAUCUAACAGGAAUGUAAAAUAGAAACGAUCCUACAUCUUUGAGUGCUGUUACAACUAGGGGGUGCAAGUGUUUAGAUAGUGCAUUGAAAUGCUUAGAGCCCUGGGCACCAAAAUGCAAAGUGAUUAACUUUACUAUUAAAUAGUAAGAUGCAACUGUACCCACAGAUGGCUAUUUUUUAAACUUUUGAACUCUUUAGCUUUAAAAAUGGUGGUUUUAUAAAUUGGUGACAGCACUUAAUUUGGCUUUAUUUCACUUUCUCUGUUCAGAAAUUGAGCCUAAAUGUAUUACAUGAAAACACACAGGUUCUGGAGUCCCUCAUCUUUGGGCUAAAAUUUUUUAUGGUGUUUGAGUUUUGACCACACUUGUCAUUUCUCCCACUCUCCCUUAUAAAACCUUCCCUAUUUUCUUCACGCUUAAUGUCUCUGGGGAAUAUUGUGGAAGAGUUACUUUAUAUUUUGUAAGGAGAACAUUCAGAUCAGUUAUGCCUCCUGGUUAAGAAUUUCUUGAAUCUAUGUGAAACUUGAACCACUAAAGGCUUUUUAUAUAUUGAUAAGUCUAUUCAAUUCUUUAUUUGCCUUUUUUGAGUCUACCAGUAAAUUAAGUAAUUUAUUAAGAUCGCAGCUCAAUAUAGCCACACUGUUCCUUAGUUGUAUGUUCUAUGAUUUAAUAAAAAAAAUGAUUUAAAGUAGUUAUAUUGCCAUAACAAACUUGACGGAAGUGUCCUUCGUCUUAAUCUGAAAGAGAACAAGAUUUUAUGAUAAUUCAGUUGCUGAAAGCUCUAUGAAAAGAUUUUUUUUAAAACACAAAGCUACUUAUCCAAAUGAAGUGCAUCAUUUUUAAGUACCCCGAUCAAGUUAACACAGACUUUGCAACUUGUUUUAUAACACAAAGUGAAGUCUGUGCUAUCUUGAGCUAAUUGAAGCCUAAGAAUCGUUGCCUUUUUCAUGUUCAUUAAAAGCAGCAGUAGAGAUUCUUUGGCCUGCAAACAUUGUUUCUUCCCUAAUGCUGAGGUUUCUUUUGGUGAUGUGUUUCUUCUGACUGCCAUUUUCCUUGCUCUAAUGAUCUCUACUAAUAUUUUUCCACCUUGCCAUCAUUCCCACUUGAUCUGUUUGCUGGCAGUGAGAGGCUAAAAUGACCAGCCACCAUAAGCCAAAGCUGUAAACCACAGUUGAAGUAAGUCUUUCAAUAAAGACUCGACUAUUUAAGUGGC